UUUGUGGAAAUGUCCAUUAGAAAACCAUAGCUUGCAGGACCCCCCUUAAGAAACAUCGACCAUACCACCGAGCUCAUCGUACACAAAGCCAGAACGAUCUACUGGGCGGUUGAUGUUCCACUAGGAGUCUUCUGGUUCAGGCAGAACAAAUGGAUCUUAUUCUGGUUGUGUUCCUGGUGGUCUUCAGAGCUACACAGGGUUCCAGAAUCUGCAAUCUUUCUGAUGCUGUUGGAACUGUGAAGUGUUCUGGAACAUUAGGAGAGCCAUUCUUCCUUCAUCUGACUUCAGACACAACUGGAAAAGAUAUUAGGCUGAACAAAGAAAAAGAAAGUCUUGUCUUUCGAUUCACAAAUAAUGUGUCUAAAGUCUUGGAUCCGGACUAUAUGAAUCGGAUUAAGUUCUUCACCAAUGGAACCUUCUGGCUGGACUCAGCAGUCAGGACCGACAGAGGUUUGUACCAACUUGAGGUCUUCAAUCCAGACGGAAACUUGUUUCAGAAAGUAAACAUGACCCUUGACAUCCAAGUCCCCGUGUCUGAGCCAGUCCUGUCUCUCAUCUGUCUGUCUGGAGGAGAGACUCAGGUCACAUGCUCUUCAGAGGGAGAACCUGUCGAGUACCGCUGGAGUCUGGCCGGCCAAUCACUGACCAAAAUUGAUAGCUCCAACCAAUCUCAUCACACCACCACCAUCACCUUGCAGGGUCAUAUGACGGGAAGUGUGACUUGUGAAGUUCAGAAUGACGUCAGCACCAACAGCAACACUAUCCAGCUUUCUGCCUGCUCAGAGUUUCCCGACAUAACUUUGACUGUGACUGUGACGGUUUCUAUCACUGUGGCGACCCUCAUCCUUCUCUUCUCUCUGUUUCUGGGCGUCAGACACCUUUUGAAGAAGACCAGGUUCCAAAAUGUGCACUCAGGUGGAGGAGGAGAGGAAGUGAUCUACGCAGACGUGACAGUGGGGAGGACGAGAGAGAAAGCCACACCCUCUCCUGUUCCUCAGGAGGUGGAGUACGGACAGGUCGCUCUGUAAAGACGCAUUUGUAUGUGGGGAGGAGGUGGAGGAAAGGGUGGGGAUGAGAAGGAGAGGGUGGAAGGGGGGGAAAGGGUGGAGGAGGUUAUGGUGGCUCCACCCUACAGGCAGACUAGCAUCUCUCCUGACCAGAGAAGUUGCACACAGAUCGACUGAGUUCGUGAAAAAAUACAUUCAAACAUUCAAUUAUGACUGUAAUUUGUCCUGUACUGUCAUUCAUUCAUUACUGUAAUUAAUUACUUUCUGUAAUUUGUUCUUUACUUUGGAGGAGUCAGAUGGCUAAGCGGUGAGGGAGUUGGGCUAGUAAU